ACAAAAGACGCCAAGAUGAAUCGUAUCGAUAGUACCAUGGAUGACAUGGCCAAUACCAAAUUCCUGACACUCUACAGUACUUUAAUUAAACAGUUUACCACGACAACACAGUUUACUAACACUGAAGUUGUGUGUCUUCUAAUUAUUUAUUACAAAUUCGUGCAGAUCAACGGACCAAAUGCCAAGCAGAUGAAGAAGAAGCAGAUGUACAAUUUAUUUCUCGUGCUCUUUCGCAUCUAUGAUAUGACCAUUAUAGAGCGCAUUUUAUUGAAUAUUACGGCUGAUGUUGUCUAUAUUAGCCCAGAAGCCUGGAUGAAGUUAUUUACCGUGUUUCUGAGCAAGAAGUUGGACGAACGCAUUCAGUUUGCUUAUAAGGUCUACACUACGUCCACGUCUGGCGUACUGAAUCGUGAAACUGUUGGCAUGGCAAUCGAAAAAUUCUUUGUAGGUGAAGAUGACGAUGAGAUCAAGGAGCUGCAGGCGGAUAUGCUAGAGUUUAUAUUCGGCAAAUUUGACUUGGACAAGGAUGGUGUUAUCUCAUAUGAGGAAUAUUACGAAAUUGUUACUAAUCAGCCGGUUUUGUUAGAAUUUCUCGGACAGAUAUUUCCAGAUUUGUCGGACAUAACUGUAAUCGCAUAUUGCACAAAUAUUGCAACUCUCUUUCCCGAUGGAGAUUAGCAUUCAAUAAGUUUAUUUUCUCAAGUUUCAAUGUGCUCCCAUACAUGUGAGGCUGCUGUGCACUGUCUAACAGUACCAUCAUCCUGUUCGCAGCAUGUACAUGGGGUCAUAAAUGUAGGCAGAGUUGAAAGGAAUUGCAGGUAGGCUAACUUUGAGCGAAUCACACGUAUUACAGUUGUCCCAAGCAGGAUAUUGUAUGGUAGGCAAAAAAAAGGCUAUAGUGUAUGAGGAUCAUUAAC